AUGGAGCUUGAUGGCAAGGAGAUCAGAGCCCAGGUCUGGGACACUGCUGGCCAAGAGCGCUUCCGCACUGUCACCUUCGCCUACUACAAAGGUGCUGUUGGUGCUCUUAUCAUCUAUGAUAUUACUCGCCGGACUACUUUCGAUAGCAUCAAGCGGUGGCUCGAUGAACUCAAGAGGCUUCCUUCUUCGCCGCCAUUUGAGGGUUCCAUGGGUAAUGGUCCAAGCGGAAGUGCUGGAAGUCAGCAAUUCCCUAUUACUGCAGAUAUUGUUUACAAGGACCCGAAUGUGAACUCUAAAACUAUUUUCAUCAUUGCUUUAUCUGCAUUGGUAAUCUUGGUGGUUUGCUGUGGAGCAAUUUCUAUCAUCUUAAAAUGUAGGAUGGUUGGUAGACCAUCAAAUGCUGUUGGUCCUGUCUUUACACCAGCUGCUAAUAAGAGACUUCGUAAGUUUGUGUGCUUAUUCUUACUUGUUAGAAAUGAUACACAUAAUUGGAUAUAA